AGACCGGCGGGCCCGGGAGGAGAGGCGCGGAGGGGAGCGGAGCUAUGCUAAACCCGGGGUACCGCUGAGGCGGGGCGGGCCAGGCCAGAGGCGGGGGCUCUCCGGCGGCGGGCGCGCAGGGGCCCGGCUCCCGAGGCGGCGGCAGGCAGCAUCUCGGCGCGGGGAGCGGCUCCGCAGCCACCGGGCCAAUGAACAUGUCAGUGUUGACUUUGCAGGAAUACGAAUUCGAGAAGCAGUUCAACGAGCAUGCGGCCAUCCAGUGGAUGCAGGAAAACUGGAAGAAAUCGUUCCUGUUUUCAGCUCUGUAUGCUGCCUUUAUAUUUGGUGGUCGGCACCUAAUGAACAAACGAGCAAAAUUUGAACUGAGGAAACCGCUAGUGCUCUGGUCUCUCAGCCUUGCCGUCUUCAGUAUAUUCGGUGCUGUUCGAACUGGUGCUUAUAUGCUGUACAUUUUGAUGACCAAAGGCCUGAAACAGUCAGUGUGUGACCAGAGUUUUUACAUUGGACCUGUCAGCAAAUUCUGGGCAUAUGCUUUUGUGCUAAGCAAAGCACCCGAACUAGGUGAUACUAUAUUCAUUAUUCUUAGGAAACAGAAGCUCAUCUUCUUACACUGGUACCAUCACAUUACUGUGUUACUUUAUUCUUGGUAUUCCUACAAGGACAUGGUGGCUGGCGGCGGCUGGUUCAUGACCAUGAACUAUGGAGUACACGCUGUUAUGUACUCUUACUAUGCCUUGCGGGCUGCUGGCUUCAGAGUCUCACGCAAGUUUGCCAUGUUCAUCACCUUGUCGCAGAUCACUCAGAUGUUGAUCGGUUGCGUGAUCAAUUACCUGGUCUUCUCCUGGAUGCAGCAGGGCCAGUGCCAUUCCCACGUGCAGAACAUCAUCUGGUCCUCUCUCAUGUACCUCAGCUACUUUGUGCUCUUCUGCCAUUUUUUCUUUGAGGCCUAUAUUGGCAAAACCAGAAAAGAAAGGAAGGUUGACUAGUGGUAGAAAUGAGAAGCCAUAGCUCAGGGUCAUCAAGAAAAAAAAAAUUAUAAGAAAAAAAGGCACAAGGAAACAUAUAUGUAUGGUGCAGCUAAAACUUGGCAGCUUAGAGAAAGUUAGCUUGGUUUAACCCAGUAAGUUUAUGAUCCUAUCAUGGUGAGGACUCACUGAAUUCUACUCUAUCUCAAAGGACUGCUGAUGAAAGACAACUUCCUUCUUGUACCUGUCUGCUCUAGAAAAGAAAGGUGGAAAGAAAGAAGGGGAAAAAAAAGAAAAGAAAAAAGGAAAGAAGAAAGAGAAGAAAAGAGAAGAAAAGAGAAAUGGAAUAAUGUUGAGGGGGGGAAAGUAUGUUAAAUAAGCAGUGUGUUUCCCCAGGGUGGAGGAGAGACUUUUAUUUAAAAAAAAAAAAUUUCUAAAUCCUUUCUAAUAACUUCUCAGCGUUAAACUUGAACAAAACAAAGCAGAAGUGACAAAAAAAAAAUCUAUGAUAGCAGUAAGAUUGCAGAAUUAAAAUCUUUUCUAUAGAAGGUUGAUACCUUUAGCCAAAAUGAAGCUGAAAAGGAUGUUUCCUGCAUGGAAACUUGCUGAACUCCACACUGUGGUCAUGAAUGAAAAAGAGAAGAGAUUGAUUUCUCUGCUAUGUACUCUGUCAGGAGAGCAGAUCUGGGACACAGAGUCGCCUCCCUCAGAAGGUGGAAAGGAGCAGUACUUUUACAAGAGUUUAAUGUGAAAAGAUGCACUGUUGCAAUACAUAUCUCAGAGAGUGCAUUUUCCAAGUGCAUUUUUCAGUUAAAGGCAAGGAAUUUCUACAGCAGGAUAAGUCAUAGAGGGUUAAAUCAAUCAAUCAAUAUUUGCUAAAUUAACAGGGGCUAAUAGCAGAGGGAUGUUCAGGAAGGAGAGGGAGACAACUCCCCUAAUGUGAUUUUUAGGAAUUAUCCGUUACUCUUAAUUUAGCCUGCAGCAACACUGAAUUAAAUGGGGGAAAUCGGAAGAAAUCCUAGUUAGUGAGAAGAGAGUGAUAUAUCUGCCCACUGUUUUCAGAACAGAGCCCUGUGGUACAAUAUGGAUUCUGUGUUUUUGUGGAUGCAAGGGUGCCUGCCUGGGUUGGAAGAGGUGGCAGGACUGCACGACAUUGGGUAUCACUGUGCUUCUGCAUCUGCCUCCUGGGCAGUGCAAAGAUGUUUAAAGUGCCCUCCUCUGGUCAUGUGGAGAUACUACUACAAAACAUACUUGGAAUAGGUUUUUCUUGAGAUUUGUAUAGGAAAAAUUAGUCUAAACGAAGUAAUUCUGCUGCAACAGCUUGACUCUAAAGUCCAGAGAGAAUUAUCCUUCAUUACAUAUAUAUGUAUCUCUGCAGAAUCUGUACUGUAACUGACCACUUAAGAGGACAUUCUUUCUUUUCUGAAGUCAGCUACAGAUAUAAGGAGAAACAUAUUUCACUCUGAACAUUAGAGAGUUAGUUGAGAACAGCCAUAUUCUUUCGAAGACAAGUAGGUUGCAUUAUCUGUGAUAUUUCAGUCCUUACAAAGCCAAAUAAAAUGUGUAAAAGUUCCUAGUAUUUCAAAGAUGCAAGUAUGUAAACUUGAUGUUAAAUGUGUUAAUGUAGUAUUCUAAAUUGUAACAGCUAGGUAGUUUAACUAAAAAAUUAGAAGAACUAGAUCAACAAAAUAGGGACUGCUGUUCUGCAUAGGAUAUACACACACCUAUAACUACACCCAUAUACACAUUCUGUGAAUUGUCAACAAGAAAAAGCAACCCAGUGGCAGAGAAUCACGUUUCCUGGCUAAUGCAUAAGAUUGUCAUUAUCUUUCUUGCUUUAAUUUGAGAUUGUACAGUACAAAAGGGUUUUCUUAAUUAUGAUUUUUAGCUUUAAUUGUGCUGUCAUUCAUGAAACAGAGCUGCUUUAGUAUCCUGUUAAGAGAUGACAAGGGCUUUUGGUGUCUCAUUAUAUACAAAAGAAAAACAAAUAAAGUUACAUUCCAUAUUAUGUGAAUGGUCUUACAAAUCAAAAGCCUAUUCAGGCUAAAAUCAUAAUUAUAACAAGCAGAAAAUGAGUUUACAUUUGUGUUAUUUAAGUUAUUGAUGUGCUGACGUUAUUUUAUCGUACAAAACAUAGCAAAAUGUGAUAUGCAGUAAUGAAGCUAUGAUAUUCAUUAAUAGGACUACUGUAUACGUGGAAAUAUUAGACAAAACCAAUUAAAUGUGUAAACCAUUUUGUUAUACAGCUUGGGAGUAGAUAAUUAUAAUGCUAAAUAAGCCUUUUUCCUCAUGUUUAAUUUUGCCCUGGCUAAAAAGCAGGUUAAAAAGACCGGUUAAGAGUGGAAAAGGCAAAAUUAAAGUCAAGCUGCAAUUAGCUGAUAAGCAUUGGUAGAAGUCCACCAUGGUGCCAUUUAGACCCUCAGUCCUGUGUGUCUUGAGUUCUUCAAAUAGAGCAAGAGGGGGUGGAAGUGGUCCAAUGUCUGGAGCUGAAGGUGGAGCAGAAGUCUUGGACUCUGUGAAGUCAGUGGAGGCUUUGCUUUGCUUUGAACAGAGCUGGCGUGCCUGACUGCCUUUUGUCUGAGCAGAGGGGAAGGAACUGUGCACAUCUCCUGCUACUUUGAGGCUUAUGACUCAUGACUUAAAAACUCCAUAAACUUUAUCUAUGAGAAGUGAUAUCGCAGCAUGGCAGGGACUUGUGACCUCAGUGUAACACAGGCAGAAAACAGGAUGGGUUGCAAACAACAACCUACCAUGUUUCAUACUCCGUUUUCCUUAAUGGCAUAAAAAAACCCCACACCUCUCUGUGCUGGAUGGCAAUGCUGGCAAUGCUGACACUGACUUCAGUGGAGCAAGAAUUUCACCUGCUCCUUCCCCAUCCUCCCAAAGCCCUUGUGGGUACCUCUGCACCGUUCCCAGCACCCGCUCCUCGAUGUGCCCACUACCCUACCAGCCGAGGCUGGGUGGGCGAGGGCCAGCUUCCUUGCUGCCUGGGAAGCGGCUCCAGCGCAGACACCACCCCAAGUGACCUCCUCAACAGGCAGUGCAGAUGUACCCCUGGUGUGCAGGGGUUACUCAGCACCAAAUUCAGUGGGCAUCCUGGCGGGGGACUAGGCUGCAGACAAGCGUACAUGUAGGGAAGGGGCAGCAAGAUCAGACACGUAAGGUACAGUCGUAAAUUAGGGUACAUUUAUUGUCACUCUGGGAAUUGGCUGUCACAAUGCCAUUUGCUUCAGGAGAUGACAUCACACAUGCAUUUACACAGGUCCUAUGGCCUUACUAUUCUGUUAGGCUUUUCCUCUGAGGUUUUCCACUGAAGUCAAAGGUGUAACUGGCAUUAAAGAAUUUGAGGAUAAGACAAAAGCAAGUUACAUUGUUUUUCUUACUUUCCCC